AUGAUGAGCGACGAUGAAGAAAGACAACAGAUAGCUAAGGCCAUGGCAUUAUCACUUGAAGGAUUAGAAGCACGUUUUGAUCAAGAGCAACAGGAGCAAAACGACAUGAAAGCAGCGAUUGCAGCAUCUUUGGGAAAGACGGUUGACCAACUUACAGCAAGAGACAUGUUGUUGGCGGAUGCCUCUCUGCCCGUUUCUAACAGCAACAACAAAAGACCUAGAGAAGAAGAAACAAGCAGUUCAUAUCCAGUGCAUAGAAUUGUCAAACGCUUCGAUAACUCUGAAACGCGCUUUUGGAACGGCAUAGUCAAACUUACGUAUGUGAAAGGAUUUGUUGGACCCGAUUAUAUUCGAUUUGAGGAUAUUGUUCAGAAGAACAGUUUAAAGAAAGCCCUCAUUACAGCAUUUGUGUGUAGUAUGGAUUUUAUCAAUGACCACUUUCCUUUGGACGUCAACGUUUGCAUAGUUACACAUGGUAGACCUGCGAUGAGGAAGCAAGUGCACUCGCAUAGAAUCAUCAUACAACCACCUCUAAAAGACAGCAAAUUCGGCGUAUUCCAUCCCAAAUUGAUGCUGCUGUUUCAUGAUACAUCCGUUCGAGUCGUCAUUGGAUCAGCAAAUUUAGAAAGAUACGACUACGAAGAGUUGGAAAACGUGGUUUUUAUUCAAGAUUUUCCCAAGGUGGACCAGCCGUACACAUCUAUCAGUGCACUGCCACGUUUUGCAAGGGACAUUUGUGAUCUGCUUGAUCAUAUGCAAGUUCCUGCUUCGGUCAAAGACGAACUUUUGAAUUUCAACUUUGACAAUGCCAAGGCUCACAUCAUUGCAUCCGUAUCUGGUGUUUUUGAAGGAGAUAUAGAGUACAGAAAAUACGGACAUACUCGAUUGGCUGAUAUUGUGCAGGGUAUCGUUGGUUCAACAUGCAAUACUAAAGACAACAUGCCAAAAGUUGAAAUGCAGACAUCAUCGUUGGGAUCCUUAUCGCUAUUGUAUUUGAAUGAGCUGUAUAGAUCCUUCUGUGGCAUUCCAGCAUACAAAGAUGGCAAGGCAACACCUAUAGUGACUCAAAAGAACCAAUUACCACCUAUUAGUAUCAUAUACCCAUCGUUGGAUACCGUGGAAUCAAGUCAAUUGGGCCCGCCUGGUGCAGGCACUAUUUGCUUGAGCACAAGUACAUGGAGAAAAGAUACGUUUCCAAAGCAAGUGAUGUGUGAUGCAAUCAGCCAACGUCCAGGCACGCUGAUGCAUUCCAAGUAUAUAAUUGCCACCCUUCCAACAAAUACAGCAACAUCAGCACAGACAGCAGCUGGCAAAUUAAAGGGAUGGAUGUAUUGCGGGAGCCAUAACGCCACUGUCUCUGCUUGGGGAAAGUUCACCGUAGCUCGCGAUACAAAGAGGCCCAAAAUGAACAUUAGCAAUUGGGAAUUGGGUGUUGUACUGCCACUCUACGAUGAUUCUCAAUACCCUGCACCUUAUCUUCGUCCUGCGCCUCGAUAUCAGCCAUCUCAGCAAGCAUGGACACAGAAUAUGGAAUAUUAG